AUGGCUCUUAUCCUUAAAAUUAGUUUCAAAAAGUGUUUAAAGGAAAAACUUGGAAACCUGAAAAUUCAGGAUAGCUUGGAAUUUACAAAUAGGAAGGUCGUUGAUUAUUCACAAUUUCAGGAAUCUGAUGAUGCUGAUGAAGAUUAUGGAAGAGAUUCGGGCCCUCCAACUAAGAAAAUUCGAUCAUCUCCCCGAGAAGCUAAAAAUAAGAGGCGAUCUGGAAAGAAUUCCCAGGAAGAUAGUGAGGACUCAGAAGAAAAAGAUGUGAAGGCCAAGAAGGAUGAUUCUCACUCAGCAGAGGACAGUGAAGACGAAAAAGAAGAUCAUAAAAACGUGCGCCAGCAGCGGCAGGCUGCCUCUAAAGCAGCUUCGAAACAGAGAGAGAUGCUCAUGGAAGAUGUGGGCAGUGAAGAAGAGCAGGAGGAGGAGGACGAGGCGCCAUUCCAGGAGAAAGAUUCCGGCAGUGAUGAAGAUUUCCUAAUGGAAGACGAUGAUGAUAGUGACUAUGGCAGUUCAAAAAAGAAAAACAAAAAGAUGGUUAAGAAGUCCAAACCUGAGAGGAAAGAAAAGAAAAUGCCCAAACCCAGGCUAAAGGCUACAGUGACGCCAAGUCCUGUGAAAGGCAAAGGGAAGGUGGGCCGCCCCACAGCUUCAAAGGCAUCAAAGGAAAAGACUCCUUCUCCCAAAGAAGAAGAUGAGGAACCAGAAAGCCCUCCAGAAAAGAAGACAUCUGCAAGCCCUCCACCCGAGAAAUCUGGGGAUGAAGGGUCUGAGGAUGAAGCCCAGUCUGGGGAGGAUUAAAAAUGAUGAUGGUUUGGGGAGAGAUUUUAUUAAAAAAAGAGGGAAAAAAAGGAAAAAAGAAAAAAAGAGGAGGGGGAAAGAAAACCUACUUAAGGUAGAAUAUGGUUUUGGCUAUGGCUUGACUCAUGGGCUUUCAAUGCUUUUUUCCUUUUGUUGAAAAUAACAUUUUUUCUCUCUCUCUCUCUCUUUUUUUUUUAAAGAAAACCAUUGUAUGUUUAAUUUACCUUUUUGUCUAUUGGUCUUCUUUUUGCCCCUGCCCUCUUCCCCUGCCCUCUUCCCAAUGAAAGCCAUGUCAAAUUAAUCACUGGAUUGACUACUUCAUCUUUUUAUGUUUAAUGGAAGGUAUACCACAGUUGUAAAGCAAUAAGAUUUGGAUGAACAUAUGGAAAUUUUGCUUUUUGCUAAAUGGUAGCAAGUUGAACAGUGAUCAAAAAACAUAGGGUUUUAGUUAAAAAUGAUUGCUUCUUUCUCUACCUGGACUUUUUAAAAAAUCAAUUGUCAUCUAAUACGAGUUUAUAUAUCUGUAUAAAAAGUAUAGAUAUCUAAAAAAAAUCAUGACUUUAAACUUCCACUGAUGGGGCAGAUAGGAGAUAAAGAUGAAUUCUGCGUUGUUACUAAAAGUAUUCGUAUUUUUUACCUUGGGGGCAGGGCAGGGAAUGGGGUUACCUGACCUUGUUUGAGGGUAUGGGUUUUUUUUACUUCACUUGUUAUCUCAAAGAGACUCGGAGCCAGCGAUCCUUUUAUCCUGCUACAGUCUUUAAGGAACUUAAAAAAACAAAAAAAGCAAGGGCCGCCAAAACUUAAAUUACUUUUGAUUUUUUAUUUCAUUCUCUAAUGGUUCAUGUUCUAAAAUAUAUAUGUAUCUAUUCUGUUUCUUGGAUAAAAUUUCACCAAGGAUCCAAAAAAAAAAAGCCUAGAAUUUAAAUGGUAAGAUCUAUAUGCAUCACAGUGGAUUUCUUCUUAAACUGACAGUGUUUAGGUUUUAAGCAAAUAAAGUACCAGUUAAUGUGAAACUCAA